CUUUAUUUACAACAUGAACCGUUCUAUUCUUACAAGUAUACGUACAUAUGCAACAAAGAGCAAAACAACAAACUUAAGAUACAAACCAAGUGUGCCUGUACAUGAAACAGCAUUUUCUGAUGGCUUUGCCUUUAUCGAACGUCAACCUAUUGUUCAACCUACCACUCAAGCUCAUGUAGCUCCUCUUUUGCACAAGGCAACACCUAAACAAAAAUUAUCAGAAGCAGAGAUUAACGAGCUGCGUCAGUUAAGAGAAUCUGAUCCUAUCAGUUGGACAAGAUCUAAAUUAGCCAAGAAGUUUGGUUGUUCUGAAUUAUUUAUCAGUAUGGCUGCACCUCUUAAAUCACCUAUUGCCGCCAAAGAUCAAACUGCUUCUGUUGCAAAGCACGGUUAUAGACGUAAAUUGAUCACACAAGAAAGAGAAAACAGACGAGCUCUUUGGUAGAAAGAGAAGGAAGGAGUUUUUUUUUUGGUGUAUAAUUAGUUUUGAUAUAUACGGUUGCAUACAUAAAGUAAUAAAACAUUUUGUAAUAUAUGAUUUCUUUGUUAUGCAAGGAUGUUUAAAAUGAUGUGUGUGUGUGUGUGUGUGUG